GGUGGGAGCUGUCCCCGCUCCGCGGUUGUGAGGGGAGCCUGCGCUUGUCCUUCCGUAGAGAAGGCAAAGGUUGCCAUUUUGUUGGAUACUUCUCUGUUGGAUACAUCUUCCCUUUGAAAAGUGUGGAGGGUCCUGCACCAGCUUCUCCUUCAUCUGCACCACACCUGCACAAAAAAGUUAUGAGUGAUGACUCAGCACCGUUCUUCCUGGACCAAGGGACUACUAAAACAUAUCAAAUACCUAUUGGUCAUCUGGACUACAAGUUUAUUGAAAAAUGCACAGAUGUUAAACACCUGGAAAAGAUCCUCAGGGUGUUAAGAUCUGGAGAAGAAGGAUGCUAUCCUGACCUUACCUUGUGUUGUGAAAAGCGUAUUGAGCUUUUAGACCCGAGGAGCAGAGCUCUAAGAAAAGACAAGCCUGCAGCCACAGCCUCUGACUUCACAGCUGAAGAAUGGGAAACAAUUAAUGGUGAACUGCUGAGCUGGGUGAGAGAAAUGAAUGAAGAUGAUGAGAAACCACAGCUGCUGAGAGCAGACACUCUGCAUGACACAGGAGACAACCUGCCUCCAGUUCGUUGCUCCAGCAGCUGUCUUUCUGCUGAUCAGACCAAAAAAAUACUAAGCAGACAAAGAAAGAGGAGAAACAUCCCACGGGAUUACAGUGAAUGGGACAAGCUGGAUGUGGAAAAGGAGUGUGCUAAAAUUGAUGGAGGCUGUGAAGAAAGCACCUCAAAAGCAAGAAUUUUUAGUAGGCCAAGUCUACCUGUCAUCCAAAAGGAAAUAGACACCUCUGGCAUGACAAAGAGAGAGAAGAUUUUCAUUGCUACUCGUGAAAAGGAGAAGGGCAACGAGGCCUUUGCCGCUGGGGACUAUGUGGAAGCAGUGCUGUACUAUACUCGGAGCAUAUCAGUAAUACCCACUGCAGCUGCAUAUAAUAACAAAGCUCAAGCAGAAAUCAAACUUUGCAACUGGGACAGUGCCUUGCAGGAUUGUGAGAAGGUGCUAGAUAUGGAACCUCACAACAUAAAAGCUCUGCUGCGCCAUGCCACUGCGUGCAGUCAGCUGCAGAGUUACCAGACAGCCAUGGAGGAUCUCAACAAAGUGUUGUGUGUCGAACCUGGAAAUGCUGUAGCUAAGAAAAGUCUGUUAGAGAUUGAAAAGAAACUGGAAAGUCUGAAGCCCGUAUCUGAGACUCAAGGCAAAGGAAGAAGAAUACUUAUUCAAGAUGUAGAGGAUUUGGAAGGUGAUGAAGAAAGAGGGGAAAAUACAGAAGGUGGUGAAAGAAGCGGUGGAGAUCGAAAAACUGGCGGGCCACUGAGAGCAGAGGCGGCGGAGGUGCAGGCUGCGAUGGGCAACGCGCAGAGAAAGUCUCAUGGCAAAGGAGGAGGCGGUAAGGCGGAGGACAGAGAGGCACAGAGGCAGAAGGACUCUCCCGAGAGCAGAUUGAAAAAGGGCAAAUCCGAGAAAAAAUCCCCGAAGCAUUCGUCAGAGCAUGAAGAAGCGGUGAAUGGCUAUCUGCACAGCGAGCAGGAGAGCGCAAGCCCCGAGCGGGAGCUGGCCGGCGCGCACGGAGCGGGCUGGCAGCCGGCUGGCGGGGGCAGUCCUGCGCUUCCCCCUGCUGCAGCGAAGCUGAAGAGUGAAGGAAAUGACUUGUUUAAGAGUGGGCAGUUCGGAGAGGCUGUGCUCAAGUACUCGGAAGCAAUCGAGUAUGUCACUGGUCUCGGAGAACAAAGUCCAGCUGAUUUAAGUAUCUUGUACUCAAACAGAGCAGCAUGUUAUCUCAAAGAAGGGAACUGCAGUGACUGCAUUCAGGAUUGUAACAGAGCUCUGGAGCUUCAGCCCUUCUCCCUGAAGCCUCUUCUGCGCCGCGCCAUGGCCUGCGAGUCCCUGGAGCGGUACCACCAGGCUUACGUUGACUACAAAACAGUCCUGCAGAUAGACAGCAGCAUCCAGGCAGCCAGUGACAGUGCCAAUAGAAUAACGAAGACUUUAAUAGAUCAGGAUGGUUCCAGAUGGAGGGAGAAACUGCCACCAAUUCCAGUUGUCCCAGUCGCUGCUCAGCUACACGGGUGGGCUGGAGGAACCCUGGCUUCAGAGGGCAAGCCAGGAUGUGCUGCAGAUAUCAGCAGAGAAGACGAGUUGCAGAGCAAUUGUGAGAAAGCUGAGGAGAAGUUCAAGACAUUAAAAGCUGAAGGGAAUGAUUUUGUUAGGAUGGGUAAAUACGAAGAAGCUGUAAACAAGUACAGUGAAUGCAUGAAGUUGAACGCUGAGGAAUGCACCAUCUACACCAACAGAGCUCUCUGUUACUUGAAACUGUAUAAAUAUGAAGAGGCUAAGCAGGAUUGUGAUCAUGUUCUUCAGCUAGAAGAUUCUAAUAUUAAAGCUUUUUAUAGAAGAGCUCUAGCGUACAAAGGAUUACAGAACUAUCAAGCCAGUGCUGAUGAUUUCAACAGAGUACUUCUGAUAGACCCAGAUGUUCUGGAAGCACAAAAGGAACUGGAGGAGGUAACCCAACUGCUUAACGUUGGCAGCAGUGCUGUGGCUGGCAGUCUGCAGAAGCAAAGGAAGAAAAUAACCAUCCAAGAGGUGACUGAUGAGGAGAGAGAGUUUGGCACAGCAGAAGAUGGUCUGACUGAUGAUGUUACUUCUAAGGAGCCAGGCCAAAAGGCUGGGCCACUGAAGACCUCAGAGAAAGUGGCUGUUUGUGAAGCAUCCAAUGCUUACAACUUUGGGCAGAUGGUGAAUGCAGUGAGCACCACGGGAGAUAAAGCUGCUUGUGCAGAGCUGCUAACAGUGACUGAGCCAAAGAAACUGCCAGCACUGCUGAGUAACAAGCUGGAAGGAGAAAUCUUCUUGAUUUUCAUCCAGGCCAUGGAAUAUUACCUGGUUGGAAAAGAUCCUGGCCUUGUAUAUCAGCACCUUUUCUACUUGAGCAAAGCAGAAAGGUUCAAGGUGGUGCUGGCCCUUCUCAGCACAAAUGAGAAAGAGCAGGUUCAGCAGCUGUUUGCUUUGCUUUCAGCGAGCCAGAGCCAUCAGUACUCUCUGGAGGAGCUGAAGAGCCUGAAAAAGGUUUAUGAACUUUAAGCAGUGAAAUGUUACUGGUUGCAUGCAUAGAGUCCAUGUUUGUAAGGUGGAGGUAGGAACUCUGCAGCCUUGCAUGGGUUGAGUGGGACUUACCCAGACUGGAUUCCAGUUUGUUCUGGCAGCCUGUGCACACCUGGGACUGGCUGCUCUUCCUUCUCUUGUAGUUGUAACCCAUUUUUAGUCUCUAGAAUGUAAUGCCUGUCUCUGCUCAGGACUAGAGCUAACGCUGCUGGGCAUGCUGACUUUCGACUGUGUGGAUUCCACAGACAGACUGCAGUCCACAGCAAAACACCUCGAUGGUAGACCAGGGUUAUGGUAGGCCUCCCUUGGCAUGUUCUGUUCUGAGCUGGGUGUUCCUGUGACAAAGUGGCUGCAGGAUCAGCAGGCCAGGAGGCAGAUUGGCUAAAAGGAGUUUACACAAAGUGUUCUUCAUGUUCCACAGCUAAAUGCAACAGGCAACCUGCUCCUUCACUCUCCCUGUCCGUGCAAGAGUGAAGCACAGCUUGGCAGCAAGGGUGACUGCAGGACAGAGCAGCUGGUCCUGGGGUAGAGUCAGAAUUGUCAAUUAUCAAACUGCUGUGCCUUAGAAGCUGUUAACACAGGAAGUAAUUUCCAGUGCUGGUUUACCAUGAGUGGCUGCAUUGAGCAAUAAAAGUCCUGACCUUUGUGUUAGCAGACGCUUGUGAAGAGCAGCAAGUUCUGCUCACAGCCACCAGCUUGGAGCAAAGCCACUCUGCUGACCCCUUUGCUUCCUUGGUGGGCUUCUUUCAGGCAGUACUUUGGUGGUUUAUAUUCAAUUCUGACAGCUCUUCUCAGGAUGAAUGUGUCAAUGCUGUAAGCCCUCCACUGCCUUCUUUGCACAUGUGGUGAGUGUGCAGCAAAGGCGAGCGCUGCACAGAGCAUGAAGAAUGGAAAGGUCUCAGGUGUAAGCCACUUUAAACAAUAAACCUUUUCUUGAGCAGUGCAA